AUGGGCUUUCGAAGAUGCAACCGGGACCGAAUCCAUUCCCCACCCAGUCCGAAAUCUGUCAACCUGUCACCGAAAAGUGCCAAUGUGCUUCAGCCACGAACGACGAUUCGCAGAAAGAUUUUCGAUCCCUUUGACGACGAUGACCACGACGGCGGCGGCGGCGGCGAUCAGAAACAAGCACAAUUUGUGUAUGAAAUGAAACAUCGAGAGCAAGCACCGGAUCACACAAGAAGCACCACCAACAACAUUCAACCAAGUUUCAAUCGAGCUCAACAUUAUCCGGGACAAGAUGCGGAUCGUCCGGAUUUGGAUUCCUUUUGGAGUUAUGUGUACCAUUCGGUGGUUGAUCCCUGCUGUGGUGAUUUGGAACGUGUCUUUUAUAGUAGCUCCGCCAAGAAGAAUCAUCUAGAUUCUUCGACGACAGGAUUACUGUUUGAAGAAGACAUGGUAUUUUUCAAGGAUGGAACAGCAACAGAACAUGAUGAUGAGAGCUGCGACGAUGAUGACGAUGAUGAGUCUACACUAGAGGGAGACCACGAUCAAUCGUUUACCGAAGAAAACCGUCCUUUCAUGAAGACCAUGGCUGAGUUUUAA